CAGUCACCGAUGCUGAGCAGAACUGGUGAGUACAUGUGUCCUGCAGUGCUAAUUCUACUCUGCGCUUUUAAUCGAUAUGUUUUGUGGGCAUUCUUUCAGACACCAGGGCUGAUUGUGAAUGUUUCCUCGCGCAUACCUUCGACACGUACGUGGAAUGGCCACAACUCGUACACCAAGCGCAAUAUUGAAGAAGCACAUUUGCAAUAAAAAAUGGCCCAGAGGAAAAAGCAGUCACGCGGAAACACUGAACGCCGCACACGUGCAAUGGGAAUUCUCGCCACUUCGAUCACAAACGGCUCCACCAUUAGACCAAUGGGAUUUUUUGUUAUCGGAUUUCGGGAUUUCAAGUUCGCUGAUUUGUAUUUAAUUUUCCUCGGCUUCAUUUAUAUUGCAACAAUUUUGUGCAACUCUUUUCUCAUUUCGGUUAUAUGGACAGAUCGUUGCCUAUACACUCCAAAGUACAUCGCGGUAGCCAAUUUAGGGGUUGUCGACUUGAUGCUCAGUACAUCCUUUAUUCCUAGUACGAUCAACACGUUUGUGACGACAGAUACCUUUAUGUUCUACAAUGCAUGUCUGACACAGAUUUUUUUUUAUUACGUUUCUACAACACUCGAGUCAUUUUCCCUCAGUGUACUUGCCUAUGACAGAUUAAUUGCGAUAUGUUUCCCACUGAGGCAUAGUUCUAUAAACACUCCCACAAGCAUGAUCAGUAUUUUAGUGAUUGUCUGGUCAUACUGCGUAACCGCCAUGGUGUUCUUGGUCUUUACCUUGACCAAACUGUCCUUUUGUGAUUCAUUCGUUGUGUACAACUUUUUCUGUGAUUACCUAGCCGUGUUCGCACUAGCGUGCAAUGAUACAACACUACAGUGGAAAACCGCCGUUUCUCUGAGUUUUGUGAAUGGGUUUGGGCCCCUUAGUUUCAUUGUCCUAUCAUACGUGUGUAUUCUGGCAGCCGUGUUUAGAAUGAAAAGUGUGGAGAGCAAGUACAAGGCACUUGCCACCUGUACAGAACAUCUUGUCCUUGUGGCGAUUUACUAUGUGCCGAUCAUGACGCUGUACGUCGUAGAACUUUUCUUAUUCCGCGUAGAUCCAAAUGUCAGAUUAAUGAACGUGUCGUUAGCCUCGUGCAUCCCGCCCUGCCUAAACCCCAUUGUGUAUUCGCUAGCAACCAAAGAAAUCAGGAACAGAUUACUGGCCAUGCUUCAAAAAGUCAAGCUAGUAGCGUGGACAGGGCAGGAGUACAGCCAAAGGUUGCAGUAAAUGUACAUUUUCAAAUGAGUAACAUCAAUUUUAUUUUUAGGCUUUGGUGUUUG